AUGCCAAUCUUGGUGGAUGGCCUUAAGGGAGGUCUAGCUGCUGGACCAGGACAUCCGGGUUGGAAUUCUGGCCAUAGCUGCCUCAUGAUCCUUCCUGAACUACAUGUUGACUUGCCAUUGCAUCAUGGUUGUCAUGUUGUUCAGAGUAUCCUGGCUCCUUUGUGCUAUGGCCUUCUGUCGGAACACAACUUCCUGUAUUUGAUUCAACCUCCUGGAGCCAGCCCUGGAACGUCUACUUCCGGUAUUGUCAUGGGCUGA